UAAUAUGAGAGGAAUAUGGGAGUGAAAGGCUUUGGAGUUCACACUGCCAUCACAUCACUCUCUGCUCAGCACGCGGCGGUAACGAUGCUGCCUGUGUUCCAGCCGCUCGCUUUAGCCCUGCUCUCACUGCCUGUUUGUAGCGCAGUGUAUUCUGGCCCACUUCAGGCCGAGAUAUCGAACGGCACCUUUCACCACUUCUUCGUUCCCGACGGCGACUACGAGGAGACUGAGGACCCGGAGAAAUGCCAGAUGCUGUUUAAAUGGCUGGACCGCGCGCCGUGUUUAGCGGAAGAGGACCGGGAUUCGGUUAUCCGCGACGACUUCAUCAUCAUCAAGCAACAGGUCGAGGACUCGGCUCGAGUUCUGGAGAGUCUCGGAAGAACUGUCUUAUACGACCUGGAUGGAGAGGAUACGUACAGCAAGUACCUGAGGAAAGAGAUCGAUCAAAUAACUGAGGCUUUUGCCGGUGUCGAGAAAUCCCUCGUGGAGCUCGAGGUGAAAUUCAAGCAAGGUCAGGAGUCGGAGCAGAAAGAGGAGCAGGAGUUCACUAAAACCCUGCUGAAGCCCAUGCAGAGUGUGAGGAGCUCCCUGCAGGAGACAAUGGACAUCUCCUCUGGCCUCAAGGACAAACACGAGCUCAUCUCACUCAUCAUUCGCAGCCAUGGCACCAGGUUAAACCGACUUAAAAACGAGUACUUGAACAUUUAGAUUGAUUUAAGAAAUAAUUUUUUAUCCUAGUCAUUUAAGCUGCUUUAGACACUAAAAGGUUUGAAGUGAUAGUGUGUCAUUUUUAUAAAAAUCUUAACUCAAAUAGGAAAGUACAAAUAUAUGGGUUGGGCGGAUGUUUCUGAAGACACCUCAGGAAAACGAUGUAUCUGAACAUUGUUAAGGAAGUGACUAUCCAAAAAGUCAUGAACUGUGGAGACUAAAUGGCACUGUGAUACCUUGAUUUACUGGCUUGUUGAGUUAUUGUCAUUUAAAAUAUGUUUACUUGCAACGA